AACCGCAGUUGUGCGACCGCAUUUGGCGGGUGAACAGCGCUUGACAGACUGACACAUUGACAAAACCAAAAGAUUUGUGCCACUGGUCGCGACUUAAGGGCUUAAGUAUUUCUACAUAUAUAUUUACGCAAAAGGUGUUCGGUGAAAACAGCAAGUGAUAUGUGGAACCUACAGUUCGGUGUGGCAUUGCUUUUGACUUGUGUUGCCGUUGUCUUCGCUCAGGACUUUGGCUAUGGCGGGCAGCAUGGACCGGAGCAUUGGGGUGACGAUUAUCAGCGCUGCAGCGGCAAGUUCCAGAGUCCGAUUAACAUCGAUGUGCUGAAUGUGACAAAGAAAAAGUUUCCCUAUCCUGACUAUUUCAAUUUCGAUGCUAAGCCCAAAAGCGUUAAGUUGACCAACAAUGGACACACUGUGCUGGUCACCAUGGACUUUGAGCCGGGCAAGGAGCCGCGAAUCCGGGGUGGACCGCUGGAACGCAAAACCGACUACCAAUUCGAACAGUUUCACUUUCAUUGGGGCGAGAACGACACCGUUGGCAGCGAGGAUCUGAUAAACAACCAAUCCUAUCCCGCUGAGCUGCAUGUGGUUAUGCGCAGUCUGGAUUACAAGGACUUUCAGAGUGCCCUGGAUAAGGAUCAUGGCAUUGCCGUGUUGGCAUUCUUCUUCAAGAUUACAGCAGCGGAUAAUCCCAACUAUGGCGAAUUUGCGGAGCUGCUGGACAAGAUAAGCCACAAGGGCCAAUCCGCUGAAUUGGCGCAACCUUUGCCGCUGAACAAGUUUUUGGAAUAUGAUCUUGUUACCUAUUUCACCUACACAGGCUCGUUGACAACACCGCCAUGCGCCGAGAAGGUGGUCUGGAUAGAUUUCUAUCAGCCCAUCGACAUAUCAGAGUAUCAGCUGAAUCACUUUCGGCUAUUGACGGCCAACGAUGACCAUCUGAAGAACAACUUUCGUCCGACCCAACCGCUCAACAAUCGGGUCGUUUACUUUAACGAUCCCGGCAUACCCGACAUUGCCAAACGGGAUUGGGGCUCCAUUCCGUUCGUGGACGCCGAAAAUGCAGCCGGUCGCAUCGCGUGUGGCUGGUUCGCCGCCCUGCUAGGCCUCAGCCUGCUGGUGUGCGCAGCUCAAGGACAUCGUUUUAGUGGCCUUUAAUUAGAGGCAUACGGCGCAGUUGCUGGCCCACAGACCCGGACCGCAACGCGAAUGUUUUGUAUUAAAUACAUCGCUCCCGCACGCUUACUAUUUUAAUUAAGACCUGUAAUUUAGCCGGCUCCGGCUACGGCUUUGUUUGCACGCUUUGUCGCAGUGUGAGGACGUGUGCCGGCAAUUUGAAUUGGAAAGCAGAAAGGAGGCACACUUGACCCAAUAUGGCAUGCAUGAAGCACAUGUCUAAUACUGUGAUUAACAAAUGCUUUAAGAUUUAAGAGCCAACGUGGCGAGCUAUUCAUUAUUAAUGCAGCACAUGGCACCGAUUCUAUUUAUUUGAUCGAUUAUUCAUGAAUUGAUAUAUAUACUAUAUAUAUAUAUAUAUACGCACAAUCACAGCCACAUUUAAGUGCUAGGCCCGUGCGUUAAGCAUAGUUGAUUAUUGUUAUUUAUGCUCUUCAUUCAAUUUUCAUACCCAUACACGUGAUUUGUUAUUAUAAUGCCACUGCACAUUGUAAUUUACGAGCUGCUGCUCGCAAUAAGUAAAAUCUUUCUAUACAAAUAUAUAUUUAUAAUGUUACGUGUAAUUGUGGUUACCAUGCUUGGCUAUCAAUAAAUAAAUAAAACCCUA